CCACUCUCGAAAGGUCACUCCAACAUUCCACUUGGAACAACUCAUUCUCGAAUUUCGUUUGGCGUACGCCAUGCAAUUGUUUCCGGCCCUCGUCCUCGCCGUCGCCACCGUCACCGCACAAGAAGCGGCGACACCCACGCCGACCCCAGCCACAACAGUGGGCUGUGGUAAUUUGGCCCCUUGCUUGACCGACGCGGGGGAAUUCACGCAGUGCUACAACCCAGCUCGUGCUGGAUGCUGCGAUGGUUCGGUGUAUUUCUUGUGGAAGACUUAUGACGGCAACCGCCAAGUGGCUCAAUCGUGCUGCCACGAUGCCCAAGGCCACGGUUAUUCCAAUGACACGUGCCCCGUCGCCACCACAACUCCGCCAGCAACAACAACAACGACCCCAACCACGACAAAGUCGCCAGUUGUCACAACGUCCUCCGUCACUACAUCGGUGCCUGGCACAUCCACUCCUGCCAGUACGAGCCCUCAAGUGACUGAAACGUCGAUCCCAGCGACCACCACUGCCAACCCGACCACAACCCAGCCAGCUACAACCUCUCCGUCGGGUGCAUCAGCUCCACAUAUCGCGUUCAUGGCUGUCACAGCCGUAGCCGCUGCCGUGUUGUGUUAGAAUUGACAGGAGUUCUCUUGAAUUGUAUCAAAGAUAUCCAUUUUGCUCGACAUGACAAUAAGCUUCGUAUCAAGGGAAACUUA